AAGUCUAAUUCUAACCAGCAAUCUCCUCCACCUGUUGAUGCGACUGUCACACCAGACUCACAAGAAACCACUACCACCAACGAGACUACAGGUAACAGUACUUCUGGCGCAGAUAUGGGUGCACACGGUGAUGGUAAUCUUACCCAGCAAUCUCCUUCAAGUGUUGAUGUCACUGAAGCUUCAGCCUCACAAGAAACCAAUUCCACUAUUCCGGCCACCACUACUAACACUACCACAGAAGCACCAACCACCACUCCAUCUCUUGUUCCUGUACCCAACGCAGAGAUCAGCAGCAACACUAUUGCCUCCGCUGUACAGAACAAGGCUAAUGCUGACAGAAGUGACAGUCCUCUGUGGAGAAAAACUGCGGCACCGCUGUUGAUUGCGGCUGUGUUGUUCUCUGUUACUGUGUACUGA